AUGGCUCGAGCGAUAUUACCGAAAGCAACCAAUAAUCCUGUUGUAACACCUACUUGCGUCGUAACAUCCGAUGUUGUUAUAUCACGCGCAAGCCAACGAAAGCAUGAUGCAGAAUCAACAUCAAAUGGAAAGGCGGCAGUCUUUCCCGUGUCACAUGCAAAAUAUGUACGAUUGUCACCACAGAAACAUUCCGUUGGGCCAAUGGCUGGACAUGGACCAUCUCGAUAA